AUGCUAUCUCAGUUCUCUGGUUCCGAGGAAACACUGGAAGACUGGCAGGAUAGCCCAACACCCCGAGGCUCCACUUACAAAGGAAGUGGCCUGAUCAAAUCGCAAUCGUUUCAUGAACAGAUCUGGGAAGGCAUUCAGAGAAAGUCUCAAGAUCUGUUCCGGGGGACGGGGACUUUCCUAGGGCGAGGUGUCGGCAAAGAGGAUGCAUAUGGGCAGAUUACACUCGACAACAUCAUACCAUUUCGUCCUCCACGGCCAACAUCUGGAACUUCAUUGAAUGUUUUCUUGGGUAAGAAAGCAGUGAAUCAAUAUUCUCAACAAACAUUUCGCCGGAGCGUAGAUAUGAAAACACGUCUUGAAGAAGCUAUCCUGGGUAACUCAAAUGCCAGGACUGAAAUGAUGAUGCGGAGACGACAGCAGGAAUUCAGUACAGGGGAAAGAACACCACCAACUGGUGGUUCUGAAGGUAGUCGACUCCGUUGGCGUAAGGAUCAGUUCCAGUGGAAGCAGCCAUACGAACACUAUGAAAGCCAAAAGAUGAGCCGUGAUGUUGAAGUGGAUGCCCACGUGGAGGGCAAUUUGGCAGCUGAAGUUAGUAUGGUAGCUUUGGAUACUUUAGAGCUUAUUGUACAGAUUGCACAGUAUUGUAUGGACAUGCCAACACUUGGCUAUGCUCUACGUGUUCUACUUCACAGCCUUGGUUUGAACCAAAGUACUUCUGUAUUACAACAUAUGCUGGCAACCCAACGUUCUUUGGUCAGCAAGUUUCCAGAGCUGUUAUUCCAAGAAGAGACUGAACAGUGUGCUGACUUGUGCCUGCGACUAUUGCGUCAUUGCAGCUCCUGCAUCAGUAACACACGCUCCCAUGCUGCUGCAUCUCUCUAUCUACUCAUGAAGCAGAAUUUUGAGAUGGGCAAUAAUUUCGCUCGUGUGAAAAUGCAGGUGACCAUGUCACUAAGUUCACUUGUUGGUCAAAACCAAAAAUUCAAUGAAGAAUAUCUUCGAAAAUCCCUUAAAACCAUUCUGACAUAUGCAGAAGAAGAUAUAGAACUUGUAAAUACUACAUUUCCUGCUCAGGUUCGUGAUUUGGUGUUCAACUUGCACAUGAUAUUGUCAGAUACUAAUAACAACCAUGCUGAGGCAGCCCAUUGUCUCAUCCAUGCAGCAGGUCUGGUUGCUGAAUAUCUCAACAUGUUGGAGGACAGACCCCACUUGCCAGUUGGCUGUGUUGACUUUCAGAAAAUAUCCUCAAAUGUUCUUGAGGAAAGUGCUGUGUCAGACGAUGUUGUAUCUCCUGAAGAAGAAGGAAUCUGUACUGGCAAAUAUUUCUCGGAAAGUGGCCUCAUUGGAUUACUGGAGCAGGCGUGUAGUUCUUUUACCAUGGGCAGUAUGUAUGAAGCUGUAAAUGAAGUUUACAAAAUUCUGAUUCCAAUUCACGAAUCAAAUAGAGACUAUAAAAGAUUGGCCAUUAUACACAGCAAAUUACAUGAAGCCUUUGCAAAUAUUACCAAGAUGAGUUUCUAUGGUGAACGUUUCGGGUAUGAAAUGGUAGAAAUUGUGAAGGACUCCAAUACUGUGGAAAGGCACAAACAAGAUCCUGAAAAGGUUAAUUCAAAAAUUCACUUGGAAAAUUUUUUCUUUUUUUCUUUCUUUUUUCUUUUUUUCUUUCUUUUUUCUUCCUUUUCUUUGUUUUUUCUUCCUUUUCUUUGUUUUUUCUUUCUUUCUAUCUUUCUCUUUCUUUCUAUUUUUUCUUUUUUCUAUCUUUUCUUUCUUUCUAUUUUUCUUUCUUUCUAUCUUUCUCUUUCUUUCUAUCUUUUCUUUCUUUCUAUUUUUUCUUUCUUUCUAUCUUUCUCUUUCUUUCUAUCUUUCUCUUUCUUUCUAUCUUUCUCUUUCUUUCUAUCUUUCUCUUUCUUUCUAUCUUUCUCUUUCUUUCUAUCUUUCUCUUUCUUUCUAUCUUUCUCUUUCUUUCUAUCUUUCUCUUUCUUUCUAUCUUUCUUUCUUUCUAUCUUUCUCUUUCUUUCUAUCUUUCUCUUUCUUUCUAUCUUUCUCUUUUUUUCUAUCUUUCUCUUUCUUUCUAUCUUUCUCUUUCUUUCUAUCUUUCUCUUUCUUUCUUUCUCUUUCUUUUUUUGUUAA